AUGGGCGAGUUCAAGGGUGAAUUUGCUCCUUUCGUGGUUCUUGCAUUUUUUCUUUCAUUUAACAUUCUUCUCUUGGUUCACGGCCAGCUAUUGCCUAUAGUCAGUGAUCAUGGUGAAAACAUUAGCCAAAUCAAAACAUAUAUUGUUCACGUUUUGAAGCCGGAGGGUUCAAAUUUCUUGGGUGCAGAGGAUUUAGAGAAUUGGCACAAGUCCUUUUUACCCAACACUACUCUUGAUACAGGGGAGCCGCGGUUGCUUUUCUCAUAUAAAGAAGCCAUCAGUGGGUUUGCAGCAAGAUUAACACCUGAAGAAGUGAGAGAUAUGGAGAAGAUGGAUGGAUUUCUCCGUGCCAAUCCGAGCAAGGCUCUUCACCUCCAAACAACCUAUACUCAUGACUUCCUAAAUUUGAGCACUUCAUUUGGAGUUUGGUCCACAAGCAACUCAUUUUACGGUGAGGGGAUCAUCAUUGGCGUGUUGGAUACAGGGAUUUACAUGCCCCAUCCUUCCUUUGAUGACACAGGAAUGCCUCCCCGCCCAGCAGGAUGGAACGUGAGUUGUUACCUCCAAACACCUUGCAAUGAUAAAGUCAUUGGGGGUAUAGACAAAGCAAUUCAAGAUGGGGUGCAUAUCCUCCAAAUGUCCUUUGGGUUACCACCUCUCUACUUGCCUAUUUCCCUUGAUGAGGAUGACGUUGCUAUUGCCACGUACUCAGCAAUGCAUAAGGGUAUCUUUCCAUGCACAGCUGCUGGUAACAGUGGCCCAGACCCGGAGACAUUGAGUCACGCUGCUCCAUGGGAUAUGGUCAUCGGUGCAACAACUACAGAUCGAAGAAUAAGUAGAGCAACUGUGACACUCGGCAAUGGGACUCAAUUCCACGGAGAAAGCGCCUACCAACCCAAUAUGGUUACUGACAAAUUUCUUCCCCUUGUUUUUCCAGGCAGCAAUGGACGAUUUAGACAACUAUAUUGCUUGAAUAAUUCGUUAAAUGGCAUCGAUGUUAGAGAUAAGAUUGUGAUGUGUGAUGUUGGAAAUUUAGAUAACAUCGAAAAGAUUAUAUUAUUUCAAACUCUACACCCUACGGCAAAAGAUCACCUUGGUGGAACAAUAUUUGAUAUUCGGCCAUCUCCAGCAUUGGCCUACUUCUCAUCCAGAGGCCUGGUCAGGUAUAAUGGAAACAAUGUGAAGCUAGAUGUCACUGCACCUGGAGUAAAUAUUUUAUCUGCAUGGCCAGUAGAAGUUGGGCUUUUCCUGUCUGGUCUAAAAAUAAAGCCAUUCAACUUUGAAAGUGGCACAUCCAUGGCCACGCCUCAUGUUUCCGGAAUUGUGGCACUUAUUAUGAGCAAGUUGAAAAACGACAACAAACGUCAAUGGUCAACAUCAGAGAUCCAAUCAGCACUCAUCACCACAACCGACACAUUCGAUUUAGAUGGAAAACCAAUCUAUGAUGAAGCAACUUUGAGCGGCAGUGCCAACAUUCUCCAACGGGGAGCAGGACAAGUCAAUGUGAUGAAUGCCAUGGAUCCAGGUCUCGCUCUACAACAUUGA